UCACGUCUUGGAAGGAAGUGACGAAUUUAGCCCAAAAACCUGACGAAAAUACAACAAGGAAGUGGAUAUUUAUUAAAAAGGAAAAAUUACUUAUCUUCAGAUAGGAAACGUUUGAAUUAUCAAGUGAAUUUUUUUGAUGUUUCGGGGAUAUAGUUAUCUUGGACUAUAGUUAUCGUAUCGUCGAUCCAUAUUCACUCAAGCAAUGAACACAGACGUUGAAUUCCACAUCAGGCAGAAUUAUCCGUGGAACAAGCUACCAGCAAAUGUCAAACAGAGUGUUGGGAACUCGCAGCGUGAAUAUGAGAAACACGUGCAGCUGUACAGUAUCCGCAACCAGCUGAGGUUCCGCAAUAACCUAGUGAGACACGUGAGGAAGGAUGAGAGGAAGUACUAUGAGGAGCUGCUGAAGUACAGCCGAGAUCACCUGAUGCUCUACCCCUACCACCUGUCUGACAUCAUGGUGAAAGGCCUCCGCAUCACCCCGUUCUCCUACUAUAUCAGUAUCAUGGAGGACAUCAUGAACGUAGAGAAGAGUUACGACUCGCUGCCCAACUUCACUGCUGCUGACUGUCUAAGGCUGCUUGGCAUCGGGAGGAACCAGUAUAUAGACUUGAUGAACCAGUGCAGGUCUUCCAAGAAAUUCUUCCGUAGGAAAACGGCGCGGGACCUGCUCCCCUCCAAGCCAGUAGAGAUCUCUGUAGAGCCCUGGUGGGUGGCUCAGACCGGAUACAUCACAGAGGAUGACAUCAGGAUCUGCUCGGUGGCAGAGAGGAAGGCGAUUGAUAAGAUGAUCGAUUCAGGACCCCAGCUGGCCGGAUCAAUGGAGUACAAUGUGGUGCUGAGUCUGUACAACAGGGGAUUCAUCUAUCUAGACGUGCCCAUCUCUGAUGACAGCUGUAUGUCAGUGCCCCCUCUGGAAGGCUUCGUGAUGAACAGGGUCCAGGGAGACUACUUUGAAACCCUUUUGUACAAAAUAUUUGUUUCCAUCGACGAGCAGACUAACGUGUCAGAGCUGGCUAAUGUUCUGGAGAUUGACUUGGGCCUGGUGAAGAAUGCUGUGUCUAUGUACUGUCGCCUGGGUUUUGCCCUGAAGAAAGGAGGCUCGUUCAGCUCAGAGCAGCUCCACCCCACAUGGAAGACUGCUCCCUCUGUCAACAGACUGAAGAGCACAGUGGAUCCCAAACAGAUGCUGCUGUCGUGGGAACAGGGGAGUCCUGUGAUGGAGGCUGGGUCUUCGGCUACAGACACAGACACCACCAGCCUGGAGGACCAAGACAACGCCAGCGUGAGCAGCCUGAGUAACCCUGGUCCUGCUGCCCCGCCCACCAAGAGGAUCGCCUUCCUGUUUGACUCCACCCUCACCGCCUUCCUCAUGAUGGGGAACCUCUCUCCGAACCUGAAGAGCCAUGCCGUCACCAUGUUUGAGGUGGGGAAGCUGUCAGACGAGACCCUGGACAGCUUUCUGAUGGAGCUGGAGAAAGUAGAGAGCACAGCGGAGGGCGAGGCCCAGAGGUAUUUUGACCACGCUCUGACCCUCAGGAACACUAUCCUGUUUCUCCGCUACAACAAGGAACUGACCACCGACCAGGGCCCUGACCUGCCUAACAACGGCCUCCCCCUGGACAUGCUCCGUUGUGAGAGUCUGCUGGGUUUAGACCAGGCCACCUGCAGCCGUGUCCUCAACAAGAACUAUAAACUACUGGUCUCCAUGGCACCGCUCAGCAACGAGAUACGGCCAAUCAGCAGCUGCACACCUCAGCACAUUGGGCCAGCCAUCCCAGAGGUGAGCUCCAUCUGGUUCAAGCUCUACCUGUACCAUGUGACCGGCCAGGGUCCUCCCUCCCUGCUGCUGUCCAAGGGCUCCAGGCUCCGGAAACUACCGGACAUCUUCCAGGUCUAUGACAGGUUGCUCAUCACUUCCUGGGGUCACGACCCAGGUGUGGUACCUUCGUCUAACGUGCUGGCCAUGCUCAAUGACGCCCUCACACACUCCGCUGUACUCAUACAGGGCCAUGGGCUGCAGGGUCAUGGAGAGACCGUUCACGUCCCCUUCCCGUUUGACCAGGAGGAUCUCAAAGGAGAAUUCUCCUCCUCCAACAUGUGUGUCCACAAGGCCCUGCUACUGCUGAGGGAGAAGGUGGAUCUGGAGCACCAGUGUGGCUACAUCACCAUGCUCAACCCCAACAACAGGCACCGCAGGAGGGCCAGCGAGAGCUCCGAUGGCAGGGGAGACUGUCAUCUGGGUGGUGGAUUGGAGGCCAACAGCAGCACGGAGUCCUUUGAGCUGGUCACAGAGGACAACAAUGGAGGAAAGCAAACAGCAGAAGCAGCGCUGUUGACAGAAGAUGAGUGGGUUCCUCUAGAGCUGUGCUUUGGAAUGCCCCUCUUUAGCUCCGAGCUCAACCGCAAAAUUUGCCGAAAGAUCGCCUCUCACGGCCUCUGUAGCAAAGACAGCCUUCAAGACUUACUUCAUUCCAGCCGGAAACUAUCGUUAAAGGUUCUGAGUUUUGUUCAGUCAUUCCAGGAUGGCAGCCAGGGUCAGCCCGACCCUGACAGUGGAGUGUCUGGUCCUCUCAGCCAGCCCCCGGCCGAGUCUGGUGUUCCGCUGCCCGCUCUCAACCUCAUCUUCAAGGAUGGACAGUUGAGGGAGUGGAGUGGACGAGCACCUCCACCCCUCCACAUCUCAGCCCUGCAGAAAGACCAGUCCUUAUAGACCCCUCCACAUUAUAGACCUCUCCACAUCUCAGCCCUGCAGAAAGACCAGUCCUUAUAGACCCCUCCACAUCUCAGCCCUGCAGAAAGACCAGUCCUGAUAGACCCCUCCACAUCUCAGCCCUGCAGAAAGACCAGUCCUUAUAGACCCCCCUCCACAUCUCAGCCCUGCAGAAAGACCAGUCCUUAUAGACCCCUCCACAUUGUAGACCUCUCCACAUCUCAGCCCUGCAGAAAGACCAGUCCUUAUAGACCCCUCCACAUCUCAGCCCUGCAGACAGACCAGUCCUUAUAGACCCCUCCACAUCUCGCCCUGCAGAAAGACCAGUCCUUAUAGACCCCUCCACAUCUCAGCCCUGCAGAAAGACCAGUCCUUAUAGACCCCUCCACAUUGUAGACCUCUCCACAUCUCAGCCCUGCAGAAAGACCAGUCCUUAUAGACCCUCCUUAUCUCAGCCCUGCAGAAAGACCAGUCCUUGUAGACCCCUCCACAUCUCAGCCCUGCAGAAAGACCAGUCCUGAUAGACCCCUCCACAUCUCAGCCCUGCAGAAAGACCAGUCCUUAUAGACCCCUCCACAUCUCAGCCCUGCAGAAAGACCAGUCCUUAUAGACCCCUCCACAUCUCAGCCCUGCAGAAAGACCAGUCCUUAUAGACCCCUCCACAUCUCAGCCCUGCAGAAAGACCAGUCCUGAUAGACCCCUCCACAUCUCAGCCCUGCAGAAAGACCAGUCCUUCUAGACCCCUCCACAUCUCAGCCCUGCAGAAAGACCAGUCCUUAUAGACCCCUCCACAUCUCAGCCCUGCAGAAAGACCAGUCCUUAUAGACCCCUCCACAUCUCAGCCCUGCAGAAAGACCAACGUUUUUUGCCACCUUAAGUACGUGUUUCUGAUGGACUUUCCCUCUUCCUCAUAUUGUCCUAUGAUCAGAACCAACCCCUCCUCUUCCUCAUAUUGUCCUAUGAUCAGAACCAACCCCUCCUCUUCCUCAUAUUGUCCUAUGAUCAGAACCAACCCCUCCUCUUCCUCAUAUUGUCCUAUGAUCAGAACCAACCCCUCCUCUUCCUCAUAUUGUCCUAGGAUCAGAACCAACCCAACCCCUCCUCCUCUUCCUCAUAUUGUCCUAGGAUCAGAACCAACCCAACCCUGCAUGAUACCACUGCACUAAAUAUUUCUGAAAAUACUUUGUCAUUAACGUGUUGUUGCUUUCAUGAUAAAAUGUGGGGUCUUUAAAUGGCACGGUGAGGCUAGCGUGGUGCUCUUCUCUCCUAUAGCCUAUGGAUCAUAUAGCAUGUUGACCCAAAAACCUGUUCUGUUUUAAUCCAUGUUUACCUUCACCCAUGGUGGUAUUGUUGUUGCUCGUGAUGAUUCCCAGAGGUGCAGUUGGCUUUAGGUCAUCCUUGGAUCAGAAGAGAGCUUGACCUGAGCUUGUCUUUUUUUGUAAAGAAAACCAAUACUAUUUGAACCCAGAUCUGCUUGGGUUAUCCAGACAACACCAAAGCCUGGACCUAGUCCCUCACAGAGAAGAACCAUAUUAGAGUCUAACGUGUUCUAUCUAUCACACUGUUUAUUCAUAGUGGAAGUUUUUCCCUGUCAGAAUCUGUCAUGAUCCUUCGAGAAUAGAGUACACUUCAUAUUACACUUAGUAGUAUUCAGUAGUACACUCAGUAGUACACUCAGUAGUACACUUAGUAGUACACUCAGUAGUAUAAUCAGUAGUACACUUAGUAGUACACUCAGUAGUACACUUAGCAUUACACUCAGUAGUACACUCAGUAGUACACUCAGUAGUACACUCAGUAGUACACUCAGUAGUACACAUAGUAGUACACUCAGUAGUACACUUAGCAUUACACUUAGUAGUACACUUAGCAUUACACUUAGUAGUACACUCAGUAGUACACUCAGUAGUACACUUAGUAGUACACUUAGUAGUACACUCAGUAGUACACUCAGUGAUCCAUCCGUGUUCUCUUUUCCUUUUUAUUUACAUGGAAGGGUUCAGUCCCCAUUUCCACCCUAUAGUGGUUGUUUUAUUUACAUGGAAGGGUUCAGUCCCCAUUUCCACCCUAUAGUGGUUGUUUUAUUUACAUGGAAGGGUUCAGUCCCCAUUUCCACCCUAUAGUGGUUGUUUUAUUUACAUGGAAGGGUUCAGUCCCCAUUUCCACCCUAUAGUGGUUGUUUUAUUUACAUGGAAGGGUUCAGUCCCCAUUUCCACCCCAUAGUGGUUGUUUUAUUUACAUGGAAGGGUUCAGUCCCCAUUUCCACCCUAUAGUGGUUGUUUUAUUUACAUGGAAGGGUUCAGUCCCCAUUUCCACCCUAUAGUGGUUGUUUUAUUUACAUGGAAGGGUUCAGUCCCCAUUUCCACCCCAUAGUGGUUGUUUUAUUUACAUGGAAGGGUUCAGUCCCUAUUCCACCCCAUAGUGGUCGUUUUAUUUACAUGGAAGGGUUCAGUCCCCAUUUCCACCCCAUAGUGGUCGUUUUAUUUACAUGGAAGGGUUCAGUCCCCAUUUCCACCCCAUAGUGGUCGUUUUAUUUACAUGGAAGGGUUCAGUCCCCAUUUCCACCCCAUAGUGGUUGUUUAUCGUUGUUGAUGACAAUGAUGAGUGUGUAGAGACCAUUGUGUGUGUUACACCAUCACCUCAUCAACCUACCC